AUGACCAUUAACAGUUCAAAAGCCCAGGUUAUGCAUGUGGGCAAAACUCAUCAAACUGUCCAGUGUGAACUGAGUGGAAACUUGCUUGAACAAGUACCACAAUUCAAGUAUUUGGGUUGCAUCUUCUCUGAAGAUGGCAAGUUUGAUAAAGAGUUUGAACAACGUAGAAUGAAUGGAAAUAAGGUAGUAGCACAGCUUAGAUCACACGUUUUCAAUAAACGUGAGUUGAGUAAGGAGACGAAGUUGAUGAUUCAUCAGUCAAUCUUCAGGCCAACUAUCCUUUACGGAAGCGAGAGCUGGGUCGAUUCUCAAAAUUUAAUCCAUGAAUUGGAAGUAGCUGAUAUGAAAGUUUUGCGAAUGAUUUCAGGAGUAUCGCGAAGAGACCAAUGGGAAAAUCGUAUAAGAAAUGAGAGAAUUCGAGAUGAUUUGAAUGUUGUGUCGGUGGAUGAAGUUGCAAGAAUGUCGAGACUGAGAUGGUUUGGACUUGUCCAACGUAUGGGUGAGUUGCGUUUACCAAAGAAGAUUUUGUAUGCCGAAGCAGAUGGACCGAGAAACAGAGGAAGACCCCUUAGACGUUAUUUGGAUUCGGUUAAAUGUGAUUUGAAUGUUAGAGGGUAUGAUUGGUGUAGAGAAACUCAAGACCUGGCUCUCGAUAGGGAAGUUUGGAGAGGAAUUGUAAGAGGAAUUCGAGUCUAG